AUGCCGCAAGAGUCGUCCGAUGAAACCCAAAGAGUCAGUCUCAAUACGUUGAGGACAGAAACACGGGAGACUCUUCAAGCAUCGAGAGUGACGGAAAAUAGUCCACCACUGGGUGUAAACUAUCCUGAGCUUGGGCGUCCAGCAGAGCCCCUCUUCCCGGAAGAAUACACUGUUGAGACACAAACAGGCUUGGUUCCGGUCAGAACUCUUGAGAGCAUCCGGUCUACUGCCAUCGGCGCGCCACGGCCUUCAACUCCCAAUGUUGAAAAAGCAAGUAAGCCGUACGAAUUUGUGACUUUUCAGAUUAAUGACCCGGCCAACCCAUUUAAUUGGUCUCGUUUGUAUCGUUGGUAUAUCACGAUGGUUGUGUCGGCACUGGUUGUCUGCAUUGCCUAUGGCUCUUCUAUUGUCACUGGGGGCCUGGGCUUGAUCGAAGAAAAAUAUCACGUCUCUCUGGAAGUGGCUACCCUGACAUGUUCCAUCAUGGUUUGCGGGUUUGCUGUGGGCCCACUACUGUGGUCUCCUUUAUCGGAGAUAAUAGGUCGACAACCGGUAUACAUUAUCUCGCUGGCGCUAUAUACCAUAUUCCAGAUCCCAUGCGCCCUGUCGCCAAAUAUCGGUGGCCUCCUUGCCUGCAGGUUUCUGUGCGGCGUCUUCUCCAGUUCUGGUCUUUCCCUGGCUGGUGGUACCAUCGCAGAUAUCUGGAACAUUGAAGAGCGCGGUAUGGCCAUUGCCUACUUUGCUGCCGCACCGUAUUGUGGCCCCGUUAUUGGCCCCAUAGUCUGCGGUUGGAUCAAUGUCGGCUCACAUCGGCUCGAUCUCUUCUUCUGGACCAACAUGGCUUUUGCAGGAGCAAUGACGAUUAUCGUCGGGCUCAUUCCAGAGACAUAUACGCCGGUAAUCCUCAAGCGCCGUGCAAAGAACCUUCGCCAGGAAACCGGCAACUUGAAUAUCAUCACAGAGCAGGAGCAAGCCAAGCCGAGUUUCCGCGACAUCGUCCGGAUCAGUCUCAUCCGACCCAUUACGAUGAUUUUAACUGAACCUGUGCUAGAUUUGAUGUGCAUGUACAUCGUCCUCAUCUACGCCUAUCUUUAUGCUUACUUUUUCGCCUACCCCGUCGUUUUUGGCAAACUGUACGGGUACAAUGAUGGCCAGAUUGGCCUCAUGUUCAUUCCUAUAUUAAUUGGCGCGGGCUUCUCGCUGCUCAUUACGCCCAUGAUCGAGAAGCGUUUCAAGCAAGUGUGUCGGACGCGGGCGCCCACACCCGAAGAUCGUCUUGUUGGUGCCCUACUCGGUGCACCAUUCAUCCCCAUUGCGAUGUUUAUUCUCGGCGCGACGUCGUUCAAGCAUAUCAUCUGGGUUGGUCCAGCGUCAUCUGGCAUCGCUUUUGGAUUCGGAAUGGUGCUGUGUUACUACUCAGUGAAUAAUUAUAUCAUCGACUCGUAUCAGAAGUACGCGGCGUCGGCGCUGGCCGCGAAGGUGUUUUUGCGGUCAGGUGGCGGAGCUGCGUUUCCGCUGUUCACAACCCAGAUGUAUGACCGGCUGGGGUUGCAAUGGGCGUCAUGGCUAUUGGCCUUUAUUGGAGUAGCGAUGGUGCUUGUUCCAUAUGGGUUUUAUUGGUUUGGGGAAAGAAUUAGAGCCAAGCUGUCUCACACAUGA